GGAUAAAGAAAGUGUUCUCAUGGGAUAAGAGCGACAACGUUAAUUUCUUCCGAAAGAAUAGAAAAGGUAGCUCUUGGGUCAAAAAACGGUCUUUUGUUUCUUCCAUGUUUCUCUGCUUCUUCUCCCCUGUCCCAACCGAAAGAAACAGAAAUCUCCCUCUCCUCUUUCUUUUGGGAUAAAUAAAUAUAAUGUAGGCUGUAGCAGUUUAGAUUCUUGAUCAUUGCUAAGAAUGACAAAGCCUCUCUGUUCCCAGUAGCAAGCGAGGCAGAAAAAGAAACACCAUUAACGCCCCUUGCAUUGCAUUUCUCUUUGUAGAAAAAAUUUGUGGGCUGCCUUAUUCGCUUGCUCACAUUUUGAGAGCAUUUGAAUAUUGACUUUUGAAACACACCGUUAUAAUCUCUCUUCUUCCUUUUUUUUUUCUCCCAAAAUUUUCCCGUUGUCGUUUUCUAUAGGUGAGAAAAGGGACUUUUAGAGGAGAAAAGUUGUCACCAAUUACACAUAUUUGUGACCCCUUUAUCUCCCUAAAGGUCUUUUUUUUUUUAAAUUUAAUAUAUCUGAAUUCUUGAAAAAAUUAUACAAUGGGUGCACGUUGUUCCAAUUUGUGUUUCUGUUUAUGGCCUUCAAACAUCAAGUCCCAUGUUCUGUAUACCUCUGAUAUCGAAAAAUGGGCGGAGAAUGAGCAGCUGAAUUUGCCAGCUUUCAGAGAAUAUAGUUUGGAGGAGCUGAAGGCUGCCACCUCAAGUUUCUCCAUUGAUAAUAUAGUUUCAGAACAUGGAGAGAAAGCCCCUAACGUUGUGUUUAAAGGUCAGCUUGCUGGUAAUGGCCGUUGGAUUGCUAUCAAGCGCUUCCACUCGUCCGCAUGGCCUGAUUCUCGCCAAUUCCUAGAUGAAGCGAAAGCAGUGGGGCAGCUAAGGAGUAAGCGGUUGGCUAACUUAUUAGGUUGUUGCUGUGAAGGAGAUGAGAGAUUAUUAGUGGCUGAAUUUAUGCGUCAUGAAACAUUAUCCAAGCAUUUAUUCCAUUGGGAUAACCAACCAUUGAAAUGGGCGAUGAGGUUGAGAGUUGCUUUGUAUUUAGCACAAGCAUUAGACUACUGCAGUAGUAAAGGGAGAGAACUAUAUCAUGACCUAAACUCUUACAGAGUUUUGUUCGAUCAAGAUUGUGAUCCAAGGAUAUCAUGUUUUGGCUUAAUGAAAAACAGUAGGGAUGGCAAGAGUUAUAGUACAAACUUGGCCUUCACUCCGCCGGAGUAUUUAAAGACAGGUAAGGUGACCCCAGAGAGUGUGGUUUACAGUUUUGGCGCCCUGUUGCUUGAUCUUCUUAGCGGGAAGCAUAUUCCUCCUAGCCAUGCACUUGACCUUAUAAGGGGAAAGAAUUUUCUGAUGCUUAUCGAUUCUUGCUUGGAAGGUCACUUCUCAAAUGACGAUGGGACUGAGUUAGUGCAACUUGCUUCACGUUGUUUGCAACAUGAACCUCAUGACAGGCCAAAUGUGAAAUCUCUUCUGACCUCUCUAACAUCUCUUCAGAAAGAAAAAGAUGCUCCAUCAAACGUUCUGAUGAGUAUUGCUCAUGAAACCACCUCACCCUCCCAAGUACCUUUAACGCCGCUUGGUGAGGCUUGUUCAAGAUUAGACUUAACUGCCAUACAUGAGAUUUUAGAAAAGGUUGGAUACAAAGAGGAUGAGGGGAUCGCUAAUGAGCUUUCAUUUCAGAUGUGGGCUAAUCAAAUACAAGAAACCCUGAAUUCUAGGAAGUCUGGCGAUUCUGCAUUUCGGGAUAAAAAUUUUACUACUGCAAUCAAAUGUUACACAGAGUUUCUUGAGGGUGGAAAUGUUAAGUCCCCAACUGUGCUCGCAAGGCGCUCGUUAUGUUAUCUAAUGAGUGACAAACCACAAGAAGCUCUUGCAGAUGCAAUGCAAGCACAAGUGCAAUUUUCCAAUUGGCCAACUGCUUUCUAUCUUCAAGCAGCUGCACUCAACACCCUGGGAAUGGACUCAGAUGCCCGGGAAACACUCAAAGAUGGCUCCUCCUUAGAUUUCAGAAGAAUGAGACAGUAAAUGUUGAAUAUACUUCUACACACACAAAAAAAAGUCAUUGUACAUAUCACCUUUCAUACAUGAAUCAUCAAUAUCAGCACACAAGUUUUCUUCAUAACAUCCAUUAGAGCACAGGUGAUUAAUUUCUCA